AUGGCUAUUAUCCGUUCAAAAAUUGGAAUAAUUGGUGGCGGAAUAAGUGGCAUAGCAGCUGCUAAACAGCUAGCUAACUAUGAGCCAAUUGUGUUCGAGGCGACGGACUGUAUAGGAGGGGUGUGGAAACAUUGUUCUUAUAGGUCCACUAAAUUGCAAACCCCUCGAUGUGACUAUGAGUUCUCUGAUUUCCCAUGGACUCAGAGGGAUAAUACCAAUUUCCCUACUUAUCAGGAAAUAUUAGACUACUUAUACUCUUAUGCGAAACACUUUGAUGUCUUGAAAUUUGUUAACUUCAACUCUAAGGUUGUGGAAAUCAAGUUCGUAGGUGAUCGAGAAAUGAAUUAUUUUGAUGGUACCAUAAAUGGUGAAUAUGGAAGUUUGUUGACUAGUAAGCCAGUCUGGGAAGUUGCUGUUCGAAACAAUCAAUCUGAAACCCUACAGUGGUAUGCGUUUGAGUUUGUGGUGAUGUGCACUGGUAAAUACGGAGAUAUCCCAAAUAUACCAAAUUUCCCACAUAAAAAAGGGCCAGAAGUGUUCAAGGGUAAAGUCCUUCAUACGCUUGAUUACGCUAAACUUGACCAAGAAGCCUCUACUAGACUUAUGAAAGGGAAGAAAGUUGUGGUCGUAGGCUAUAAAAAAUCAGCUAUUGAUCUUGCUGUUGAAUGUGCUGAAGCAAAUCAAGGACCUGAAGGGCAAUCCUGUACAAUGGUAGUAAGGACUUUGCAUUGGACAGUUCCACACUACUCUAUUUGGGGUUUGCCAUUUUACUUGUUCUAUUCAACUAGAUCUUCUCAGUUUCUCCAUGAAAGACCAAAUCAAGGCCUGUUUAGGACCCUGCUUUGCCACAUACUUUCUCCCAUGAGAAGAGCAGCUUCCAAGUUAAUUGAGUCAUAUUUGGAAUGGAAACUUCCACUAGACAAGUAUGGACUGAAACCAGAACACCCUUUUGAGGAAGAUUAUGCAUCAUGUCAGAUGGCUAUCUUGCCUGACAAUUUCUUCACUGAGGCUGAUAAAGGUAAAAUCAUGUUCAAAAGGACAUCAAAGUGGUGCUUCUGGGAAGGAGGAGUUGAAUUUGAGGACAACACCAAGUUGGAAGCUGAUGUUGUCAUACUUGCAACUGGUUUUGAUGGGAAGAAAAAGAUCAAAGCCAUAUUGCCAGAUCCCUUUCGCAGUCUGGUAGAGUUCCCCUCGGGCAUGAUACCCUUGUACAGGGGUACAAUCCACCCAUUGAUUCCAAAUAUGGCUUUCGUGGGUUAUCUUGAAAGUGUUUCAAACCUGCACUCAGCUGAGAUACGUUGCAUAUGGCUCUCACGACUUGUAGAUGAUCUAUUUAAGCUUCCAUCUGUUGAGAAAAUGCUUGAACAGAUUACACAGGAGAUGGAGAUUAUGAAGAGGACGACAAGAUUCUACAAGAGAAAUUGCAUUUCCACUUUCAGUAUCAACCAUAGUGAUGAAAUCUGCCAAGAGAUGGGAUGGCAAUUUUGGAGGAAGACAAACUGGUUGGCUGAAGCCUUUAGCCCCUACAACAGCCAAGACUAUGCAGAGGAGAAGUAGCUUCAUUCAGUAACAUUAGAAUAUGCCCUACUUAAUUAUCUUGUUAUUCCAUGUAUACCUAUAUUUAUCUAAUCAUAAGAAAUAAACAUCACAUGUAUGAAACGUCAAGCAAGGUAUUCAAAAAUUUGAAAUACCUCAGCUUAUGACUACAACUUCUGUUUUUAUCAGUAAUAGUAAGGAAUAAAGGUAAUAAUUCAAGAUCAUGAUGAGUGACUCCCUUCUCAUUUUGCAAUUUACUAUAUGAUCCACCACUGUCGGGGCUUCGACAACUGUAAGAAGUGCCAAGUUAAAGCAAUUCAAGAAAAUUUCCCAUUAUGCAGUUACAACAACCAGAGCAAAAGCCCAUAUACAAACUUAUCUCUCACUGGAGGCCCGAGUUCAACAUUCUACAGCAUAUAUUGUAGCAUGACUCUAAACUAACAGCUCCUUUUGACAUCUAUUAAAUAUAAGUGGGAGUACAACCUAUCAGAUAACAUACAAUUGGCACACAUAAGUGGCAGAAAAAGUACAAGAAAUUUAUUGGCUAGAGGCAGGAAAAGAA